CGGAAGUAAGACUUAGGAUUACCAUUGAUUACCAACUCAUUGUAGAAUCAGUAUUAUUUAUGUUAAGAUAUAUACACACACACAUCAAUUAAAAUACAAUCUAUGACGAAGUCUUUCGACGAAAUAACUUUCUGCUGCACAAUCGUUACGGCAUUUGUGCACGUCUCGAUCGAGUCAAACGAGGUUAUGUGAGAGCCGAGUGGGAAUUGUAAAGAAAUUAUUUUUAUUUUGAAGUAACUCACUUAAAGACAAGAUGACAACGAGCGCAGGAAUAGAGAAAAGAACGAACAUGCGAAAUGUCUUCGCUACUUCACUUAUUGCAGGAGGUGCUGCAGGCACAUUUGUAGACAUCGCGUUGUUUCCAUUGGAUACAUUGAAGACACGACUACAAAGUGCACAGGGAUUUUUAAAGACUGGAGGCUUCACAGGUCUUUAUAAAGGCAUUGGUCCAGUCAUAAUUGGUUCAGCACCAACAGCCGCGCUAUUUUUUCUAACAUAUGAAGAAAUUAAGAUUAUAUUGAAACCUAGAAUUUCUACAGAUUAUUAUGCUCCACUUCACAUGGGAGCAGCUGCUAUAUCAGAAAUGGUAGCAUGUUUAUUACGAGUUCCAGUAGAAGUUAUGAAACAGAGAAGACAGGCACAAGUACAUGAUAAAAAAUCAUUUGAUUUCAAAUUAUUAUAUCGUGGAUAUUGGAGUACGGUAUCACGAGAUAUGCCAUUUAGUAUUGUACAGUUUCCGUUAUGGGAAUAUUUUAAAAAAUCCUACAGAUUCUAUAUUGAAAGAGAAAUAUAUCCUGUAGAAAGUGCAAUUUGUGGUGCAAUUGCAGGUGGCGUCUCUGCAGCUGUUACCACUCCAUUAGAUGUUGCAAAAACGAGAAUAAUGCUCUCAAAUAGAAUGCUACUUUCGUCAGAAUUAAAGAUACUAAAUAUACUUCAUGGAGUAUAUAUAGAGAAUGGUUUUCAUGGAUUAUUUGCUGGUUUUGGACCAAGAGUAAUGUGGAUCACAUUAGGAGGCUUUAUUUUCUUUGGAGUUUACGAAGAAGCAAAAGUACUUACACAUAUAAUAUUUCCAAUGCUGAAAUAAAAAUAUAAGUGUCCUUAUUAGAAAAGUAAUUCAUUAAGUUAUCAAAUUUUUAUAUUUUUUGCAACAUGUAUAAAAAUUAUUUUAUUGUACAAAUCUUCCUGAUAACAAUGUAUAAAUUAUAUAUUUAUAUGAAUAUCAUUUUCAUGGAUACAAAAUAUUUUUUAUUCUAUAUGUAGAAUUAUUAUUAGUUAUAAAAAAUUAUUCUUAUUUAUGUAUUAUACAAAAUUUCUCUUAGACGUUUUAUUUUCUAGAAAUAGACUUGAACAAUUCAACUAAAGUUAUAAUACUAAUAUACUACUAAAAUACUACUGUGAAUUUUGAUUCAUUAGUUAUUAUUAGUUAUUAUCAUUUAUAUAUAUUUUUUUUAUUUUCCAACGAAGAAAAAAAAUGCACAU